UUCACAGGUCUUUUUCUAAAUCACGUGAAUUUGAUAAUUCUCUAGAGCAAAAUUGAGCUCUAUCAAGGGUUUUCUGAUCCUUAGCAGAUAAUGUCACUAAUUUGAAGCCUAUACAAGUACCGCCCGCUGAAGGUGAAUCCGAGUUUUAAAAUAAGCUCAUUAACGCGGGCCGGCGGGCAUGCAGCCGUUAUUGCAAAACCACCAGAAUGAGCGAUUCCUGCAAGCAAAAUCGAAGUCCAGUUUGGUGUCGCCACUGAUCUCCAUCAAAAAGACUAUAUAAUGGAGAUUAAUGGGUGUUCAUGCACAAAAUUCUUGAGGAACGCGAGUAAAUGACUUGACAAAAGUAUCGAUUCCAUUGUAACAGAUAAAACCGAAUAAUGAAAAUCACUUACGAAAUUUUAAGUGCAAACCAUUACAUAAGGUCAAAGUUCAAAUCUUAGGUAAUAUACGAAGGGCGAAUGACCUUGAAUUUUGAUGACUGAGAGCCCAGUGCCAUCACAAUCAGCGACGAUGUGUUACGUACCGAACUUGCACUGGGAAUAUGUAACAACCAGACAACAUAUAUCGUAAGUGUGACUUUUGAGUAAUAACAAUGUUAAAGUAGUGUUCGGGAGGGCAAGAAUGAAUUCGCCGUGGCCCAAACGACAGUGGAUCACUUUAAAAGGGAGAUUUGUGACGACUGACUUUGUUGGCCGUGCUGCACCGUGGUGGAAGAGAAAGAAAGACGCACAUGUGCUUGCCAACCAUGUCUGACGGGAGCGAUUUGCAUGAUCAUGUAAUUUCAGUAUCAAGCCAUGGAUCUUGCCAAGCAAGCUUUUAGUUGCAAUAAUUGUGAACUUGCGACAGAGAUUUUUGAUCACCUUCUGCACACUCAUGGACCCAACAUGGAUUGGCUGAUUGGAAGGGGAGAUACCUACGCCCAGCGGGGGCAUAUGAACGAGGCACUGGGGGACUACAUGCACGCCUUCCGCCUGGGCGAAGUGGUACCUGACCGGCUGAAAGGACUGGUGAAUGCUCUCAUUGCGUCCGUGGCCAAGAAGGGCAAUCUGGAGGCCUCCAUUCAGCAGUUCAGGGCUAAGCUCAGAGAGCAACCAGUGGACCUGUUGUCCUGUCCCGCGUGCCAGGCUCUGUUGUAUGAGCCCGUGACCCUCCCCUGCGGCCACACCGCCUGCCGGGACUGCCUGCUGCACUCUGCUGAGGCUAGAACUUGCACCAAGUGCAAAGUUAAACAUCCCCAGCUGGUCGCUGGGCACACGCUGAGGGUCAACGUGGUGCUGGGGGGUCUCUUGGAGAAAUACUUCCCCCAAGAGACCAAAGCUCGACAGUUGCGGGUGGAAGGGAACAAGUUGUAUGCCAAAGGAAAACUUCAGGAUGCUGUACAAAAAUAUAGUGAUGCAACAAAAUUAGUACCCCAGGACCAUUAUGUGUUGAGCAACAGGUCUCAUGUGUACACGGGAUUGAAGCAAUAUGAGGAAGCACUUAAGGAUGCGGAGGCCGUGUGCGGACUCCGACCAGACUGGUCAAAGGGUUAUUAUCGCAAGGGCAUGGCCCUGACAGGUCUGCAGCAGCAGGAAGAAGCCAUGGUGGCAUUUCUACAGAGCUUAAUUCUAGACCCUUAUUCAUCAUCGUCAAGAAAAAGCCUGGAAAAGGUCCUGCACGAUCUCCUCUCCCCAGUGCAGCCAGCCACCAUCAAGUGCCUGGAGCUGCAAAGGGGUUACCCAAGGCCUCUGCGAUCAGGGGCCUCGGCAGGGCCGGGGCUGUUUGCCCGGGGGAUCUCGGACCUAGCUGAGGAGGUGGCACUGGGGCUCAAGGCAGUCAAUCAGCUGUUUGUUGAUUGUCCGACCGAGGAAACUAAAGAAAAGUUCCCAGAUGGUGGAAAAAAAGAUGCUGCAAGUAUCAGUAAAAUAGGAGGGGCUGGAACAGAGUCUAAGUUGAACACAAAAACUGGAGUCUGUACAUCCGAGAAUACACGUGCACCUUCUGCUGAAGUCACACCCACAUUUGAAGCAGGGACCACUCCCACUUUGGAAGCCAAGCUGACACCUGGCUCCACAUCUAAAUCAGAAGCUGUGGCCUCACCUGGAUCUCUGCAUGCACCAAAAGGUGCGCCUACCUCAGGAUCCACACUUGCUUCAGAAGCCACGUCCACUCUUGAAUCCACGCCCCCAUCUGUGGCCACGCCCCCACUGGAUGUCUCCCCCACCCGGCAGUCUCCCUCUCAUCGGAAACCAGGAGAGUCUGCGUGCUCUUGGAACAGAGGGGAAAUGUCAGCGUCGGAGUUCCUGACAAUGCGCAAACGCAAGCGAUGCGUGUCCGGCAGUGACACCAUCAUGAGUCCCAUCCGAAAAGUAGAAUUCAAGUUUGCCCGUGUGGACGUGGUACGACAAACAAGGGCAGUCCCCAAGGAAAAAAUAGACAAGGAAGACUACGAGUGCAGCUUGUGUUUCAGAUUGUUUUUGGAGCCACUGACUACACCUUGCGGUCACACCUUCUGCAAGGUCUGCCUGAACCGUUCUCUGGACUACAACAACUUGUGCCCGCUAUGCAAGGACUCCCUGGCAGAGUAUCUGGCCCAACGUAACAACACCGUAUGUGAGGUGGUGCUGCAUCUCUUGCAGAAAUACCUGGGGGAGGAGUAUCAGGAGCGGGAAGAACAGCACACAAAGGAGAUGGAGGCGAUGGCAAGGUACGUGAAUGACCAAAUGCAGUGCGAGGUUCCCAUCUUUGUCUGCACAUUGGCAUUUCCCACAAUUCCCUGCCCGCUGCACAUCUUUGAGCCUCGCUAUCGGCUGAUGAUUCGGCAGACGAUGGAUUCGGGAGCUCGACAAUUUGGCAUGUGCCUUCCUGAUGACAGCAAUCCAGAGGGGCAUGAGGACAUUGGCUGCAUGCUGGAGAUCCAGGAUGUGGAGCAUCUGCCCGACGGCAGGUCCAUCAUCAAGACCAUCGGUGGUCGUCGCUUCAAGGUACUGUCCAGAGGAAUGCGGGAUGGCUACAACACAGCCAUGGUGGAGUUCAUCAAAGAUGUGGAGGUGACAGGUGAUGAGGUUGCCGUGGUGACAGCUCUUGAGAUGGAAGUUUACCAGCAGGCCCAGUCCUGGUUCAAUUCACUGCCAAUCUUUCACCAGACCCGUAUCAUUGCCCACUUUGGCCCCACCCCAGCAAGAGAGGAUAACCCUCUGGCUUGUCCCCAGGGGCCGUCUUGGACCUGGUGGCUGUUAGCUAUACUUCCCCUCAGCAAACGCAUCCAGCUGACUAUACUGGCCAAGCCCAGCCUCAAAGACCGUCUCAACGCCCUCCAACGGUGCCUUGUCCGCAUAUCCGGCUUCCAGUUCUGACUAGGGGACAGCGUCAUUGUCAGCCUAGCCAGCAGCUCGGAUGUCGGGUCCUGAAUUCUUCUUGUGCUUUGUACUUGGAAUGUAAAUAUUUUAGGAUAACACUAACACUAAACCUAACUCGAGUGUCAAAAAAAGCUGUAAGACGUAUAUGAAACCAAUUUUUUCUUUCAGUGGCAACCCAAAUUUUAAGCCUCUUAAACCACCGUUUUUGUGGCAUAUCUGUCCUGGAUUUUUGUGUGUAUUUUGAGUGAACGUUAUUCAAAUUGAUUCUCAAUAAGUGUGAUUUUGGGUCGUCAGAAAGGCAAAGAAUGACAAUUUUGUUGGUUUUUAUGUUGAUCAGUGAUAUUCAGUUCUCCAAAGAAUUUUGAAUUAACAAACCAGCCAGGAAUGCCCUUUUUUCAAUCUUGUGCUGUCUUUAAGUUAAUAUAAAUCCAGUUGAGAUGUUCUUUGAUCUCUAGUAUUAGUAAUUGUGAGUUGAAAAAUAAUCAGUAACCAUUAUUACCUCAUUUCUCAGUAGGUUACUGAGCAUUAGACAGGAGGUUAUCUAUAGAUAUCACAUUUAGAGUUCAAUUAGAAAAAUAAAACGAUUGAUGGAUUGUAAAUUGUAGUUUGUACGUAAGGUCUAUUAUGACAAAGUAUUAACCCUAACUGUCCCAAAUCUUCCUAUUUCAAUAUUUUUUACAUGCACCUUAGGAGGUUAGGGUUAAAGGUGGAUACUUUAAACUGAAAAAUCAUCUGUUUUGGGUCUCUGGCAUGAAGAUCUUGCAUACCGUUGUAACCAAACUUUGUAACAGUGGCCUAAUUCUGGACUCAGUGGAGGCCUAUUUUAUCCAAUUGUUGUAGGGGUAUAAAAGCAAAUUUAAUUUCACUUUUGUUGUACCACUUGGUUACAGGAAUUUCACUGUGCUGUAUUUUUAUUAUUUAUGAAAUCAAACCAAAUUACUGAAAAUGUAGCAUUACUGCACUAAAAUUAAAAAAUACAUGUAAUCAACAUCCUCAACUAUAUUGAAGUUGCCUCGCUGCAUCACAUGUUUAAAAAGAAUGAAAAGUAAACUUUAUAGAAGGUUGCACAUAUUCAUAUCAGGUUUGAUUUACAUUUGAAAAUGAUUUACAAUGAAAUGAAAUUUGGAAUUAAACCCUUUUUUUAAUCGUCAAAUUUCUUGUAGAUAUGAGCAGGCACAGGUACAUGUAGUUGUUUUGUGAUACAUUGUAAUUUUUGUCUCAAACCUUUCUUCAUUUUGUGUAUUUUCUAUUACUGUCAAAGCAAUACAUGUAUAGUGUAAUGUUUUAAGCUGACUUGGCCUUAAAAAGAAAAGGUAACAUGGGGAGAUAGGAGAGGAAGUGAUUCCGUUGGAAAGGAAGUGAUUCCGUUGGAAAGGAAGUGAUUCCGUUGUUGUAUCAUAAGAUCUGACCUAAUUGCCUUUAUUCUGAACUCAUGAUGUACAGCCGUAGUUAGCAUUAUAAGUGCAUCAGAAAGGUGAUCAAUGAAAAACGGAAGAGCUAGGCCCACAUGAUUUUACAGAAAUACAUAAACUACUGUUGGCUGUCUGCCAACUUGUCAGAUUGUCCCAGUCACUUUUCAGUAAAUAUAAACAUGGGCGCAGAUCCCAUCACUUUGAAGAAGCAAAAUUAUUUCAAUACACAGUUGUUUCCUUUUUCCCCGCCCACGUAUUGUUAAAUCCUCAUUAACAACACAUAAAUGCAGGCCUCAAAGUUAAAGUGGGCGCGACCAAGAUUAGUUCUUAGUCUAAAUACCAGCUGCAGAGCAAGGAAUGUGUUUCCAGUGAAAUUGCUAAAAAAAAAAAAUUCAUCACGUUUAUGUGUACAUUAUUUGCUUUUCUGGAGGUAUUUGAUGGGAAAGCUUGUGUUUGGGUAUUUUGAUGCAUGCUCAGGCUAGUCACCAUGAACAAAGCAAUUUUCCCCUCUCAGAAGUUGGAUGUAGAAACGAGUGUCAUCUACGAGUGUAUUUUGUAUAUACAUGUUGAUAGAGAUGGAUUUUUGUUUUCUUCCAGCUGGGAGAAUUGCAAAACUUGAUCCCCCACAGGAUAAAAAAAGGCUACUUAUGCGGAAUAAAUUCUGGUUUGAACAACACCUUUUAAACUUAAAGUGAAUGUAGAUGGUUUAGUUCAUUGCACCAAAAAGGCUGCUGUCUAAGUUUUGUCUUCUAACAAAAUCGGUUUGCUGUCGUGAAACGUACAUUUCUUUUAGGAAAUCCAAGCUUUCCAGUGAAUUUGUCACAUUGCAGACUCGAAAACAAACAUCCAGACUUUCAAUUCAUGAACAGGCUGAAUUACAUUUUAAGGUAUGACAAAAGGAGUCCACAUUUUCACAUUCAACAAAUGUGAUUAUCAGUAAGAUUUAAGUGAUACAGCAGACUACACUGCAGCUGGAAGAAGCUUAUUUGAAUAUACAGUUAUCAGUUAUAAUGCAAAGCAGCUAAAUGUGCAAUGUACAUGUAAAUACAUGUAUGUAGCACAGAAGCUCCAACCUUCUACAUGCACAUGUAUAUUUGAAUCUUGACCAGUUGUCCAUUUGCCAGAACUAGUUCACUAAUUUAAACAUUCAAAAACAUCCUUUUUAGAAGAAAAUUGAAAAUCAUAAACAAACAUUUCUCUUCCAUUGCACAUAUCUUUUCAUGACAUUCUCACUUGUAUUCAUCAAUGUACAUGUACAUAUUUAAAGUGGCUUUGAACUCAGAUAAUUUUUUUGAAAUCUCAUUAUCCACUUAAUACUGCUGCAGUAUUGUACAAUCAUUCCAUUGGCAGUAGAGGGUUUAAAAAUGGUUCUGAAAAAAAUGAGGCACUAAACUAAUAUGGUUGACCAAUUUAGCCCUGGGCAGCACGGUAACUUUGUUUUGUUACAGUUGACAAUUGUUCAGAACUCAGAAGUGGUGUCUUCAAAAUAAUUGUCAAGGUGUCCAUGAGGGGCAGUGUAUGUUUGUGAUCAAGUGAAAUUGAAUGCAAGUUUGUCUUGGGAAAAAAAUGAAGUGCUGGUCAGUGAAGAUGUAUUUCAGGACAGCAACUUCAAGGAGUGGUUCAAAUUAAGGGUAUCACAGAAGGAAUUGGUCUGGGUCAUAUUUAUGAUGGAACAAAAAGAAUUAACACUCUAUGUUGUGUACAUUUGAUGGGAUGAACUUGCAAGUGACAUCAUAUGGCAGAUUAUGAUUUAUUAUGGAGAUGCUCAGUGUCAGUAACUUGUACUUCCAGUUGUGAAUGGUUUGGCCCAUAGCAGUUUAUAUCCAGGGGAGAAUUUGAAGAGUCUGAGAUAACAAGGGAUGUCUAAGGACCUCAAAGCCAGUUUUGAGCCAGUCAGGGGCAUAUAUACCUAUCAUCAGAAAAUGAGCUUUAAGUUGAAAUUUUCGAAAAUUGAGAUACUGCUUUAUUUGAAUUAACAGAAGAAGAGCUUUCCAGUGGUAUAUACAUGUAACACUUGAGGUAAAAGUAGGCUGACAAUGUGACUUCAUUCUAGUGGCGUUGGGUCUUUGUUUCUGUCUCCGUUUCAACAUUUCUGACCAGGCAAGAGUAAUGCUGUCAUCAAUAUUGGUAAGAAAAUGAGAAUUUACAUAUCUGAUCCUGCCAAAAAUUUGCAAUUAAAAGGCAAGACGGGUUGCUCUUUCCAAAUAUUACGAAACUCAAAAAUUGAUCUCCCCUUCAAUUUCAAGAACCAUACAACAGGAAACAGUGGAAUGCGACUUACACCUUAUUUAUUGUGACAGGUCUCACAUGGUGGUUAGCAAAUUUGAGAAUAUGUAGACUGCUCAGUGAGGCUGUGAAGGAUGACUGUCUGCCCCUUGGGUUUGUAGUUCCUGCCAAAGGAGCAUGCUUUGUACUGUUACAUAAAACUAGCUAGGCAGAAAUCAACAUGGUUUCCCUAUGAUCAGUUUAUAACUCUGAAUAAACUAUUGCUUCCACAAAAAUCAAA